AUGGCUAUGGCAAAUAGAGGACGUCAGUCAAAGCUUCCACCAGAGGUCAACAAGAUUUUAUACGUCAAAAACUUACCUUACAAGAUCACUGCAGAGGAAAUGUACGACAUUUUUGGAAAGUUUGGAGCCGUGCGACAGAUCAGAAUGUAAGGAGUUUUUUUUUGUUUGUUUUUAGGGUUUUCAAAUAUAUAACCAGUGGCGGUUAAAUGGAUAUUAUUGUCGUUAAAGCAAUUAAUAAUUAUAACAUUAGAAUAAUGACAUUACUAAUAUAUAUCCUUCAUUUUAAGCGGGAACACACCAGAAACUCGUGGAACAGCCUUUGUUGUGUAUGAGGAUAUUUUUGAUGCCAAACAAGCGUGUGAUCACUUGAACGGUUUUAAUGUCUCAAAUCGAUACCUGGUUGUGUUAUACUAUCAAACGACGAAAGCUUGGCUGAGGAUGGAUACAGAGAAGGCAAAGGAGAAGUUGGAACAGGUAAAGGAACGUUAUGGAUUGGGUGGAGAUAUCGAUAAGGAGAAGGACAAGGCCAUGAUGACACCUACACCUCGUCGAAAUUAA